AGAAAGCUGUGAUUGUGGACUGGAGUUGGAACGCUUCAAUCUGUAAACAGAGACGUUUGGGCAAAGAUUGUCAAUUAUGUAAACUAGUGUAGAUGACAGCGUUUUGGUGACCUUGAAAGGGAAAUAGGAUAUAUCACAUGCACAAGCAAAGGACUGAUGCCAAUGACUCAUGAUGAACUGAUGGCUGGCACUGUUGAUGGGUAUUUCCACAUAGAGAAAAGGAAGGUGACAGAAAGAGGGCUAGAGUAGCUCGAAUUUCCACCUGUUAUUUUUGGCCAGAGUAUGUGGAAUGGGGACCAGCCACAAUUUUGUCAUUGCCAUGGACACAGAUGCAGGUAUGAGUCUUGGAACUUCUCUGACACCAUCAGUAAGGUGAGGGACAGAGACAGGAGCCGGAGCCCUUCCAAUAAUAUCACACCCAGCUCAGAGGCCACAAAAGGAGACACCCAAAGAGAUGACAAAUAUGGGUUUUACAAGCAGCACUUGCGCUUAAAGAGAAAAUUGGAAAAAGUGAAGACGUUCCAUGAGAAAGAACGAGAAAUAUGGGCAAAGGAGAAAGAACUACUAUUGAAAGAAAUCACUGAGAUAAAAGCAGGUGAAAACAAAGGGAUCUUGCUGGAGCUGAAGACUGUCUUGGAAGUAAUUCAGACGGAACAAAGAAAAGAAGAAAAGAAAUGGACUGACUUUCUGCUACAAUUUCUAAGUGAUCGAUGUGGGUGGGAACUUGAAAGAAGAGAACUUCAGCAUCACGCCUCCCAGCCAGGAGCCAAUUCUGCCAAGAUAUGCACAAAUAAAACAACGCCUAUCAUCCAUAAAGACCAGAGGAAAGAGAGAGAGGUGCAAAAACGAUUACUGGAAGACACUCACUCUGCAGCCAUGGAGCUGAGAAGACAGAUAGAGAAUAAUGAAAGGAACUGGAAAGUUGAAAAGAUGGAAUUAAUGGAACGAUUUGAUAGUGAAAGAAGAGAAUGGGAAAGCCAGUGGAAGAUAAUGCAGAGGAAGAUAGAAGAGCUUUAUCAGGAGGUGAAGCUUCGAAGGGAGAACAAACUGAAUGAAGAGGACACGGAGAUCAAGGGAAAAACAUUGCCUUUUUCAGCACCUUUUGUUUAUGGUGAACCCAAUGAACAAAAUCACACAACAAAACACAUUCAACAGUAUAAUGCAAUCAACAACAACAAGGAACCAAGUACAAGGACUCUGUCAAAAGUGUAUCCUAAUCUAAGUGAGGAGCCAAUACUGGAGUUACCCCAUCACAAACUGGAGCAUGAAAAUUGCUUUGAUCACAAAAUGUCCAAAACAGACAAUGACACCCUGAAUGAUGCACUAAAAGAAAUCGCCAGAGUGAGUGAGGAACUAUGUAAAUACCAAGAAGAGAUUCGCAAGAAAACCAGCUGCAAAAAAAUUGUGUCAGUUCCAUCCAUUGGACAAGCCAAAGAAGCAAAAGACAAAGCUUCAAAAGUUGAGAACAUUUUUUUAAGCAAAAAUACCCAAAAUAUUGGUGAAAAUAAAUCCAAGGGUACCACUAACAUGAAAGCCACCUUGUGUGACAAUUUGAGUGCACAUUCGGAACUAGUGGACAUGCCUUUGGAAGUACAAGAUUCAUCAUAUCCAUCCUGGUGUUUCUCAUGGCACUUAACAAAUUCACAGUUUCCUGAAAUGGAUAAAACACUAUUGUCUAAUAAAAGCAAAAUAUGUCCCGAUGCCUACCCCACUGCAAGUAAGAAGGAGGUGGUUGAUAACCAUGCAGAGUUUAUGGUUAAUACAAACUAUGACGGGAUAUGCCACAUGCAGGUUCUUUGUGAUUUUAAUACACUUGAAGACAAUAUGACAAAGACUUUCUUAAAUAAGAAAGCAUGUGCUGAAAAAGAUAACCGAAAUGUCCCCGCUUCUUCAUGUGACUUACAAUGUACUGGAAAUAUGCAUUCGGAUAUGUUAUUGUUAGAACAUUCUCCUUUGGGUUGUGGUUCUAGUUAUAAUAGUACAAUGAAAAAUGGAAAGCUUGCAGCAAAGAUUGAUGAAUUUAAUAGAACUGUAUUUAAAACAGGCAAAGGCAGUGAAUUAUUUCCUGAACUACCUCUCGACAUGUCCCAAAUUGGUAAUGAAGAGUCUUGGAAUCAUUCAUUAUGUGACUGUCCUACAAUUGUUACUACCAGUACAAGCACAUGCACACAUGCUCCUGAAAAAACUGUGCAAGCGUCUGUAGACCGCAACCUUCAUAGUAAUAGCAAGAGUGUGAAAGUGGCAAGUCAACCCUUUCAAACGACUGAAACGCAUAAUACAAGCAGCUACCAGACUAUGUUACAGGAGCACAACUGGAAGCCAAGCAAUUUGUCAGGACGACCUCGCUCUGCAGACUCCAGGUCCAAUUAUAGAGUUGUUGAAAAGCUUUUGAAGAGCUAUGAGAAUAAAACUGCUUCUCCGUUGGUUAGUUCUAAGCAUUCGUCCAGUAAAUUGACACAAUCAGAUUUCCUACUGACAGAUUCUGGCUCAGAAGCACUGACUCAGUGUUUAGAAAUGCUACAGAUUGAAAAAUCGACAAAGACUUUGCAGAAUGACAUUUCCAUUUUUUGGCAACCUAGGCAAGAAGCGUUGAACUUCAAGCCACCAGAGACUUCUUCAUCAACGACAUCCCCAAAUGGGAAAGGAUUUUCACGUCCUGCAAGACCCACAAAUCAACGUCCUCCUUCUCGAUGGGCAUCAACAAGAUCCUCUUCACGAUCAUCAGCUAUUAUGAGAACGGAAAACUAGUUGUAACUGCUAUCUGUAUUUUUAUCCUUCUCACGUGGAAAUUCCUCGGGUAUAAACAAAUUUUAUUUUACAGUUUGAAAUGUCAGCUACAGCUCACAGGCAGCUGACUGUAAGAUAUUAUUGUCUGCAGCUGAGAAUCCAUCCCUAUAAAUGAAUAAAUAAAUCCUAUGGCAAAAGUGUAAAUAAAAAAGAGCAACAAACACCCACUAAGCCACGAUGGAAAAUACCUAUACCUUUAUGACAUGGGAACUUGAAAGGCAGCUAGCUGAAUUUUCUGGUUCUAUAUUACAUACAAGGUGUUUAGUACUAGUUAGUAUCUUAACAUCAGUUUUUGUUCAUGGAAUAUAUACUCUCCUGAACAAAUAUUUUGUAACUCCAGAUUGAUCAAUCUAAUCUUCAGUGUUUUAUGACCAGCGGAAACAUAUUUCUGUACUUUUUAUAUUGUGUAGUUUACUUGGCAGUUUAUUUAUAAAUGUUUGUCUUCAUUUUGGAUAAUAUUAAAAAGGUAGAAUUUUAUAAAAUUCUCUGUUGUUAAAGAAUUAUACUACAUACACAGUUGUAAAUGUCAUAUGCAUGAAACAUGAUCAUAUUGCAUGUUCGAAAGUAGUGAGUGUUUUGUGUUUAGACAUUGCUGGAGCAAUGUUUAUAUCUAAAAUUACAGGACAUUACAACUAUUAUUUACCUAUCAUUCAUUAUUUGUAAAGAGAAAAAAAAUCAGUAAUAUGAAUAACUGCUAUUGUGUUUUGAAAUAGCUGACAAAUAUGUUUUUGUUUUUUUAUGUACAAAAAA